AGCUGGAAGAAAAAGGCGUGAUACCUGUGCUGCACUGAGCAACACCAUUGAUGGAUGUACCAACUCUGGAGUCUCCAGCAAUAACUCAGUAGGCUUUGAAUUUGAAUUUACUGAAUGUAGUACUGCAACUGUGACUUCUGUCAGUCCUAACAGUGGUACCUCAUAUACUAGCAUUACAAUCACAGGCACUGGAUUUGGACCUGAGAUAUGCCAGAAUGAUAUUAUGAUUGGCAGUCAGCCAUGUACCAUUUCUGCAGCCUCUGAGACCUCUCUGACGUGUAAUCUUGACCAUGGGGCUGUGCAGCAAGUGGGGGUGGCAUACCCUGUUACUGUCACAGUGAAUAACCGUGGUGAAGCAGCUAACAUGAUUGGAGCAACUUUGGAUCGCAGUUUUGCACUGCUACCAGAAGUAACAAGCGUUUCUCCAAGCUCAGGGUCAACUGCAGGUGGUACUGUGGUUACUAUCUCAGGCUCCGGAUUUUCUGCAGCAUUUGAGGAUACUUCUGUAUCAAUCAAUGGAAUUGAUUGUGCAGUUGAGGAUGUCACUUAUACUACUGUGACCUGCAUAACAAGCCCAUCCAUAGCAACAUCUGGUGAUGUCGUAGUAGCAGUAGGUCAGUUCAUGUCAACUUGUGAAGGCACAUGCAUAUAUGCAUAUAGUGAUGCUGACACACCUACUGUCUCAGGUAUAUCCCCAAAUACAGUCAGUGGCAACUCUACAGCUGUCAUCAUAAGUGGCACUAACUUUGGCACCAAUGCAGGAGAUGUUCAGAUCAAAGCUGGUAUGCAAGAAUGCACAAUUACAGAUAUAACAGAUACCAGUAUCUCUUGUGCUUUUGGCUAUGUGACAGUUGGGGAGCAGUCGUUCAGUCUUAACAUUGUAGACAAAGGUAAAGCUGUGACAAGUGUAUCGAGCCUGACCAGUGAAGCUGUUGUGGACUCAUUGAGCCCAAAUCAAGGCAGUGUCAAUGGAGGAACAUUGAUCACCAUACAGGGCAAUGGAUUCGAUGAUUCAAGCACUCUGGUUACAAUAGAUGGUGCUGAAUGUGAAUUAGUGACAGUAACUCUCGCACAGGUACAGACAAUUUUCAUGCAUUCCUUUAACAAAUUCUGAACAUCUGAAAAACAUCAAAUUUUAGUUAUCUGACUACAUGACUACAUACAUUUUGAAAUUAACAAGAAAACUUAAUUUUAUUACUUUAUUUUCAGAUAACUUGCACAACGGGUGCAAACGUAGAUGGAGCAGCCAAGGUGAACAUUGUGUCAAAUAGUGUGACAUAUCCCGAACAAGACUUUACCUAUUCUAAUGCCAUAACUCCUGUCGUAUCAAGUGUAAAUCCAACUUCUGGAGGAACUGGGGAUGACAUUACUAUAACAGGAACUGGAUUCUCAUCAUCAACAUCAGAUGUGUCUGUGAUGAUUGGUACUGCUUCAUGUAGCGUGACAGCAUCGUCAACAACAUCGAUAACAUGCACAUUAGGAAGUAGUCCAUCUGGGUCAUACACUGUAGAUGUUGCAAUUGAUGGUGUUGGCAUUGCAACAACAUCAACAUCCUUCACAUACACACUCAGAGUUGACAGCAUCUCACCAACUAGUGGUAGUUUAGGAGGAGGGCAGCCAGUGACUGUGUCUGGUGUAGGAUUUGAACCCAGUGAUACCCAGGUGACCAUUUGUGGAGAGGCAUGCAUUGUGGACAAGGAUGCAAGUACCUCAUCUGAUAUCUUGUGUGUCACUCCAAGUAACAGUGGUA